UCCGGAUUCCUUCCAUUAUGACGCGGGCCGGACUCUCUCCUCUUCCGCUUUCCACUCUCUUCCAUGUGACAGGACAGGACAGCUACGGGAAGGUACCUGAGGGAUGUACCCUACCUAGCUCUCCAAGCUGUCUUUCUCCAAGCUCUCUCUUUCAAUUCUGUUUCCUGUUCCUUCUACUAUCUCAAAAAUAAUCCUCGCAACAGCAGAGUUUGAAUACUUGCAGUCUUCUUCGAACCCUCUUCUGUGACUCUUCCGUGAACUUGUUACGUCAGUGAUCACGACUUUUGCUAUUACCUCACUUUACUCUUCGUGCCUGUUUGCUUUCUUGGUUAGCUGUCAUUAUGGCUCUUGGUGUGAAAGACUUCAUCGACUAUGUCGACUAUGACAAGCAGAGCUUGUACAGUGAGUAUAUGCCACCUUGGCUUGAGCAUUGUCUCUAUCCGCCCAUGACAUUUGAAUCUAACUCGAACUCUUUGCUUCUUUCCAGUCUCUGCUGCCUCUAUCGCGUUCAACCCUCUCUUCUGGAACAUCGUCGCCCGUCAAGGUAUGCAGCUUACAAAUGUGCGAUCCAUCCUCGACUAACCUUAUCGCUGAAAGAAUACCACAACAAGCUUCUGACCAAGAUUUUCGGCGGUAACUCCCAAGUUGCCUGUUAUGCCCUUGCUGCCACUAUCUUCUCUCUCGGUAUGGUUCGCGACUUUAUCUUCAAGACUGCCAUCGCCGAACAGCCCACGCAUCCCGCUCUUGUCAGCGACUUCAUCCAGGCCGCCGCUGUUGCUCUAUUCAUCGUUGGUAACGUCCUGGUCGUCACUUCAACCUGGCGACUCGGUAUUACUGGCACUUUCCUCGGUGACUACUUUGGCAUUCUCAUGGACGAGAUGGUGACUGGCUUUCCCUUCAACGUGACCGGUUCUCCUAUGUACACUGGCUCUACCUGCAGCUUCCUCGCUACCGCCAUGUGGUAUGGCAAGCCUGCCGGCAUCCUGCUCACAUUGUGGGUCGACAUUGUCUACAGGAUCGCUCUGAAGUUUGAGGACCCGUUCACUUCUGAAAUAUACGCCAAGCGUGAGCGUGAGCGUGCUGCGGGAAAGAAGUCCAACUAAGCUCCCGAAUUCUGUCUAAACUCUUCCAAGUAAACGACAAUAAGAGUGACGGGACAACAUAUCAGCGCCGCCUGAAACGUUAUCAAGGCCACGCAAACCAACUGAGACUGCAAGACAGCUCCGUCUAGUCGAGUAGCGU